UAUGUGUGUGUGUGUGCGUGGCUGAAUCUGUUCUGUUUACCACCGUGCUCACGUAGCAGAAUUGCACCCGGUGUGUCCGGUCUCUACACGCGCCGGGGAACGAUAAUUGUACAUUAAAUUCAUUAGCCAACCAUCCGAGCCACGUUUUGGCGCAAGCUAUUUAGCCACAAGACAACACCGCAGAACCACACAAACACACACGCUAGAAAACACAAAAGCAAACCGGAAGCAGCAGAAGAAAAGGGUAGUGUGUUCGCCUUGUGUUCCGUUUCCAGCUCGUCUCGGGAUUUUUUGUGUUGGAUAUGAGAAAUUUGAAACCUUCUCGGCUAAUAGGGCCAUAAAGUGUGGUUUGUGUCUGGGUGUGUGUGUGUGUGUGUGAUCACGUGUAGGUGUACGUGUGUGUGUGUGAUCAACCUGCGGCUCACCUGUGUACGAAUAAUUACCCCAUGCCGAGUGCGUCUCCAUUCGAUCCACCAUUCGAAGGUGCACGAUCCGGAUUGCUCUGUGUCCAGGGCGAUCUUGAGCAGUUUCGUGAAGGCGUAUUCGCCGUGUAAGCCGUCUGUUCAUAAAAUAAGCAACCUUCCUCUAGAGUGAGAGCCGUGCAUGUGGGUAGUACUGCUUACCAGAUCAUACACGCGAAGAUAACAACAAAACCGUUUCCAGCAAAGUCGAAACACAUUGUGAGUGUCAUGUGGUUGUCAAGUUAAGUGAUAGUGAAAACAUACAUACUUACCCAGCAUCGAAGCGACGAGUGUUGCCUAGUUGCCGUAAAACAAUCCACUGCUUCACUUCCGAGAACUGUCGCCGAGAGUUUCUGACCAAAAACCCAGGAUAUUCGUCACGAUCUGCUUUGUCUUCCGCAUCGAUCGAUUCGGAUCCCGCACGGCUACUCUCUCCAGGAACACUGUGACGGAGAGACUUGGACGGAGGACUUCCAUAGCAAAUCAACAUAUCACAACGUAGCUGCCAGACAAGUGAUCAUCGAAACCCGUAUGAUAUAGGCGCAGGAAACCCAGGGAAAACCUGAUCAGCUGUGAUCAGCUCAAUCCGUUCUGUCACUACCAACCCCGGUACGCUCCUGGUUCGAGAUCUUCAAGAAGCUUCAUGCUUGCCUGCCCGUCUCGACCAUCAAUCACCAGCCGGAUGGAUUGACGAGUGUGGAUAUCUGUCGACGGUUCCCGAGCAGUGAUAGAUUAGCGCAGUCUCCUGCGGGAAGCAGCAGUGAAGCUUCCGUUUUGCUCACACCGUGCUCGCACCAACAAACAACGAAGAAAAAGGCAACGAAAACAGCCGAGCCGCAGUUGAAGGCUGCCGAAGUUAGCUAGCCUUACCGAACUUACCAAAUGCCCACGAGCGCUUUCUAGUGGAAGGGAACUUACCGCCAAUAGCUACACAGCAAAACACAAUCAAGCACAAACGGAAAACCCCCCUCAGCAGCUACACAAUGAAUUUACGAUAUCAGGAAACGUUUUGUAUCAUAUUUUUACUAUGCACCAGUAUUAUCCUCGCCGAAGACUUUGACUUUGUGCCGGAACCGAGCGAAGAUGUGGAGCCGAUAGCAGCGGAACCGCUGAAAGUAGAUAGUGAAUCGAAAUUAAUUCCUGCAAAGGCCAGCGUCCACUGUCAGCCGACCGAGAGCACGAUCCAACUUUCCCUGAUACUUCGGUCCAAAAGCUGGAAGCAUGUGCAGACCAGCCUGAAGCAACGCACAAUCAGUAAGCUGGCCGAAUAUUUCCUAGUCCCGGAGGAAUCUUUCAUUGUUCGCGAUGCAAAAAGUGCGGACCUGCAGCAGAUGGUGGAGAAGGCCCUGCACCACGGCAAGAAACCUCCGCGGGCGGGUAAAUCGCUCGGAUGGAUUGGAUUUCCGGUUGGAUGCGGAGAGAAGAUGUCAGCGAGCGCGAAGGAAACGGUACGCAAUCUGAACUCGCAGCUGUCCGAACUUCGUGACAUUACCGGCAUGGACUUUGGCUGGUGGGUCAUCUGGAAGGUGCCGGCGAGCGAGAAAGCGUCCCCCCUUCGAUUGAAGCGUGAAGUUGAUCCCGACGAUGAUUAUAACUACGAUUACGAGGACGACGACGAUGCAACAGAUGAUGACGAAGGCGAAACAACAGAAGUUCCUCAUGUUCACCGACACCAUCACGGUUCCAGUGAGUAUAGCACCAAGAGCGCCCACAGCGCACCAACUCACGCCACUAACAAGCAUACUAACAGCGAUGUGUCGGAAAAGCACCAUCAUCAUCAUCAUCAUACUCAUCACGAGCAACAUCAUCAUGCCAGCGAUGGGAAGGUGAGCAUGGAGCGUGGCCGUGGUGGAACGUCGGAGCACCGGAAGUCCCCGGUAAUGGUAUCGGUGACAGCACCAUCCACCAGCACAACCCAAACGGCCCCGAAACGCAAACACAGCCACGGUCUGUACGAUCAGGUAAAGGAACGGUCGGCUAAAAAGCAAGCUGCCGUGCGAACCCUUCACCCCGUCACCGAGCCUUCACCUCAAGCCUUCACACCGCCCGAUUUGCGCGAAAGCGUAUCCCAGCUCGAGUCGACCAUCAGCAAAACGAUCGCCAACAAUGAGCAGCUGAAAAAGGACGAAGAAACGCUGCUCGCCCGCAAGUCCAAGCACAAGCGAAUCGAUAUUGAGCGCAUCGUGGAGACGGAGCUGCUGCUGCCGGAAAUCGAACGGCUGCAGGACGAAGUGUUUCGGGACGAUUACGUGAUCGAAGAUGUGGUGCGGCCAAAGUUUUACGACCUCAGUACGCAGCCCGAUGGUGGCGUGGUGGAGAAGUUUGUCCCACUGGAGCCGGAAGUUGAGGCAGGCAAGCCGUUAAGCUCAACCGUUGCCAGUGUGAGCCGAUCAACCGUUAAGACAGUAAGCAAAGGUACGACCACAGCUCCAGCCAUCGCCACUACCUCAAAGCGUAUUCCACUGACACUAAGCACACCGGCGACGUCUACUUCCGUACCUGCGUCAACCGUACCGAUGCGGCGGACGGAUGCAGUGACAGUGACCACAAAGCCGAUGGAUCCGGCUAUCACACCGGUGGUUAGCUCGAUUGAUGCGGACGAGGAUGCUCCAUCCCGAUCGGAUACUACAACUUCCACCACGAUCGGAACAAUCAGCACGACGACGAACUUUGCCCCCAUUACGCCUCACUCGACGACCGUGUCGUCGGUGAAUACGCCAAGAAACGAAGCACAAUCGGCAACAAGUACCACAACGCAUACCACAUCGCUCUCCAGCACUAAAAGUGUGGCAACGGAAUCGAUGGAUUUACCAACGUCUACUUUAACCAUUCCGGUGACUAGGACGUCCACCUCCAACACCACCACCACCACCACGGCCUCCACCACCGAGGGGACAACGAACUCGAUAGUGUCUUCCGCUUCCGCUACUAACACACGCAACUCCACUAACAUUGUCGCUUCCGUUCCAUUGGUGAAGAGCGAUGAUGCAGCGACGGCAGGUUCAGCCAGCACCAGCAAAACUAUCAUCACCACCCCUUCGAUCGAUGUUGUGACUGGGAAGACUUCCAUCUCAACAACUCCGGCUUCUUCCAUUGAGUCCUCGCCAACCAAAACUCCAGCAAUUACUACGACGCCCGCCAACUCCUGGAACUUGGACGAAGACGAACGCGAGGAAAGUUUGGAAGCAAAGCCACAAUAUGUCGACGAAGUGGACUCCAAAUCUAGUCCCGAUUUCACUUCCACAACCACACCCGGUAGCUUCGAAAGGGAGGAUCCUCCCCGUGAAGAUACUGUACGAUCGGGCGAGUACAAGAUCACAACGAUCGGUACCGUACCACUGACUACGGUGAGGCAAAAGUUUGCACCCCUCCAUCCAUUCGGCCGUCGGCUGGACGAAGAGUACAACAGCGAGGAGGAAGAGGAGGACACUGCCGACGAGCGAGAGGAGGAAGCGGACGAAGAGGAUGACUACUUCUCGCAAGGGCCUACAACGACGCAACGUUCCGUCUCCACCUUUACCACACCGAAGCAGGCAAAUGCGGAGGACGACCCCAAUGUGGAGUACGACAACUACGACGAUGAGUACGAUGAUGAGGAGGAGGAGGGUGUGGUGGAGAUGACCACCGUCAGUACACUGCCCGAUCCGCGGCUACUGUCCACAACGACCGCUUCCACUACUACCACCGAGCAAGCGGUGCCAUCGUCGACUGAGCCAAGCACCACGCCGACAACGGUCACCUCAACCACCACAACGACUACAACGACCACCACAACAACCGAGGCACCAACGACGACGCCCUCAACAACUACCACCACUACGACCACGACCGAGGCACCGACAACGACCUCCACGAUGCUCACAACGGAGCUGGACGAACCGACCAAUCUGCCACCGACCAUCCGGAACCGCAUUCCCAAGCAAGCCAUCCCGGCCGGUAAGGUGUACCGCUACCAGGUCCCACUGGAAACGUUCUACGAUAACGAAGACGGCAACAACCUACGAUUGGAGCUGCUGGAUGCUCGUGAUCAGCCGCUUAAGCCCAGCUCCUGGAUUCAGUUCAACGAGGACACGAAAGAGAUCUAUGGCCUUCCCCUCGAGAAGGAUGUAUCCCGCUGGCCAUACAAGCUGCGUGCGACCGAUUCGGGCAACCUUACCGUCACGGAAAAGGUGGACAUUAUGGUGCAGCAGCACAAAUCACACCGCAGCCUCAACCACGAGAUCAGCCUAGCGCUACGCCUGAACCGCAAGUUUGCCAGCAAUGUUGACUGGCACCUGGAGACGGCCCGUGGUAUUGCGAACGUGCUCGGCGAUGUAACACUGGCGAACAUCAUUGUGCGUGACAUCCGUAACAGCAUUCAGGACCAAAGCUUGGCUACCUUUGUGUACACGAACGAAACGCUACCGAAAGAUCGUUGCCCCGAGGAGAAGCUGGACGAGCUGGUGGCACUGCUCACCGAGCAAGCACUGAACGAUGCGCUCAACCCGGACAUUACCGUCAAGUCGGUACAGGGACAACAGAUCGCGCAAUGUACCAAGCCCACAAUUCCGAAGGCGAAACCGACGCAAAGCAUCUCGCGCAACUUUGCACCUCAAACGCGCAAUCAGGUCGAUCAGGUGAAUGCGUCCGUGGGACAUCUGCUCGUGUUCAAAGUGCCAGCGGACACUUUCUACGAUCCGGAAGAUGGUGGCGAUCUGAAGAUGAAGCUGCUAACGACGGAACGUCACACCCUUGACCCAUACCAUUGGCUGCAGUUUGAUUCGAAGAACCAGGAGUUCUACGGUGUCCCGCGUACCAACGACAUCGGUCGUAAGGAAUAUCUUUUGAUGGCCGAAGAUCGCGAAGGUUUGACGGCGACCGAUGCCCUGGUGGUAGUGGUCAAUGCACACCACAAACGGGACUACAGCGUUCUGUUCGAGCUAACGCUGGACAUAACGCACGAGCAAUUCAUUACCGCCCAGAUGCAGCGUCGCUUUGUCGAGCGGUUGGCACAGGUGUUUGGUGACGCCUCCACACACUACAUCAAGAUCCACCACAUCCGGCCGAUCCAUCACACCGGUCAGGUGCAGGUUUCCUUCUUCAACACCACCCUGAACCGUCAGCAUCAGCGCUGUCCACAGGAAGAGAUCGAAGCGUUGCGCAACAUCUUGCUCCACCAGGACAGUACGAUCCGGGCGAAGGUGCGCGAAAUCCUUGGCCAAGAGUUUAGCCUCCAGAACGUGAGUCUCGUGCCGUUGGAUAACUGUCACGGGUUCGAUACACCACAUCACGCGACGAGCGAACCAGAGAAGGCCGCCCCGAAACCCAUCUCCAAGGAUGACUAUCUGCUCACGUUCGUGUUGCCAUCGGUCAUCAUUAUGGUGAUGCUGCUGAUCGCGUCCAUCAUUGCGUGCAUCCUGUACAAACGGCGGCUAACGGGCAAAAUGGAACUGGAAUAUAUCAAUUUCAAACCUAUCGCCUCCUCCUCCUCGUCCAAUCCACAAGGUACCGACGAAGAGCGGAAGUCGUUCCGUUCCAAGGGCAUACCGGUCAUUUUCCAGGACGAGCUGGACGAGAAGCCGGAGAUCGGGAACAAGUCGCCGGUCAUACUGAAGGACGAGAAGCCACCGCUAUUGCCACCGUCGUACAGCAGUACCAACAAUGAUGGUGAAAACGAAGAUGUGGACGAGUACGUGCCACCGCAGCCGGUGAUUGUUGGUGGGCGCGAAUCGCGCGGCAAGUCGCCCGUCACCCCGUCCUACCGGCGGCCACCACCGUACGUGUCACCAUAGGCCAGGCGUCCACCGCGCAACGGUGACAGCAAUUAAUGUUGUGUUAGCGUUGUUCUUUGGUUUUUUUCUUAAAAAAAGCGAUGUUCCGAUGAUCUUUAAUUUUAACUUCUGAGACGCCCUGACACAUUUUCUCACUCGAUUUACCAGAACACCAAAAACAAAACAGCAAGAAGAUAAAAGCACAGACACACGCACGCAUGCAAGUAAUUACAAUCAGCUCGCGGCGGAAGUGGCAUGCCUCCGAAUAGCGCAGGUAGGAUAGCAUCCGUGCGAGCAUAUGAUAAGAGGAAUGAUAAGGUUUCGGUUAGUAAGUCUUUAGUUUACGGAACAGGGAGCAAAGCAAUUUCGUUCGAUCAUUGGGAGAAAUUAUGCAAAAGGUAUUAUUGUUUGCCGAUAUUGCUAAACUAGCUGGCAUCAGGUCUCCACAAUUUUUUUUUUUUUUUUGAUGACCAAUCAACUCGGGGACUCCGGUUUUUGUUGCCAACCCCGUCAGCGUUUGAAGGGAAGGAUAAGAAACUCACUAAAGUGUAUACGCCACCGUUGGCGUGUGACGACCAGAACCGAACGGUGGUGAUGAACAGUGAAAAGGAAAACAGGGAUAUGUGGACGUGACCCGGACAGGAUCAACGGAGUCGUUGACGAUAAGCGUGUAAUUUAGUCCCGCUGAGUACGAUGAUGGUGAAUGAUGUAGUCGGUAAGCGCAAACGCGGAAGAAAUCAAUUUAUAGUCAUUUACAGAGCGUUUCAGUAGUAGCGUUAGGUACGUGUAGUAGUGUUAAAAAAAUGAUUCGGUUAAAAGUUCGAAAGUAAUCGCCCGAAUUGAACCCCCCGUUCCGCUUUUCAUUUGCGCCUGAAAGCCUUUGCGCAGCCCUUAAAACAGUGGACUUGAUGAUGGUGGCUCCCCUCCCGAUCGGAUAGUGAUAGAUGCAUGCAUGGGAUUUAGUCUUUGCGCGUAAGGUAGUAAGGUUCCGGUUUAGUGUUAAGGUUCCUCAAGAGGGCUAACCAGGUCACACCCUGCCGCACACUACACACGAUUCCGAUUUGUUUUUUUUUUCCUGCAGAGAAGGUAGGAACACCAGCUGACUUGUUGGAAAUUGGCUGGAACAGAAUUUUAGUUGGCAUUCGUUGGCAGGAUCGAUGGGCUCGACUCCUCCAACACUAAAACUGCGGCAUUAAGAGAAAAAAAAAACACAAAACGCACAAUCAUUCACACGACAGGGUAACGAAAGGAUUGGGAGAGUAAAAGCUGUUGUGCUCAAGACUGGACCUUGAGCCAUACACAACCGACCGUAUAGAUCCCAACCAAUCAACCAACCAACCAACCUUUCUCCUAGUGUCACAAAUUUUAAUGAGCUUAAAUCGGGAGUAGACGAGAAGGAGUUUGUAACCGGUUACGAUGGCAUGUCCGCAAACGAACUUACUCGCUCGGGAGACAUCAGCAUACCACGUUGCUCCUCCGUUUUGCCAUAGAUGCUUAGCACGAUAAGAGAUUUCCAACUAACCAAGCAGCAGACGCCACAGAGCACAGUCGCUCGAACCGAGGAACAGAGGAUCCAACGAUCUCAGCUGCAGGGACGAUUUCAGAGCCCCAACAAGAUGUACCGUGUUGUGUUGCUUUAACUGUUGUCGUAUGAAGUUUUGCAAGAAGGAAUUUGAUGUUACACACCAAUUAGGACCAGCAAAAGUGUAAUCCUAUAGCGUCAAGCAGGAAGCCUUUUGAUUUCUUUCCCUCGCCAAUUACUAUGCAAACCACUCCAAUUGAUAGACCCAGUACGUGGAUAGCGUCAGAUAGAAGGAAACAGUAAACCUCGAAUGGUGAUCAUCAUCUCGCACACACCGAACCGAACUAAUAUACAAAAGUUGUCCCAUUUUUUUAAAAAAAGCCGACUUUUGAUAAGGACCCCCCAGUUCGCAGUUUUGCCAAGUCAAGUCAAUCGUCAUUCGUUUUUUUUUUACACCCAUCCAUGCAAACCUUUCAAACGUAGUAGAAGGCAUCAGAAGCGGAUCAUAGUGUAAGUAAAGCAGAGCAGAUGCUUCGGGUCCCGAGCUUUCAAGGGACUGCAAGUGGUAUCUUGUUGUAGGCUGAUUGUUAGGUCCGGAGAGACUCGAUCAUUUAGAGGACCUCCAUCUUUCAUUCUGCUUAGAGGGCCUCCAAGAGUCUUGAUCCGCCAGCUGGAGCACAUCAACUCGGUUAUCCAUCAGCUAGUAGCGAAUGCGGGUUGAUAUUACAACUAACAGGUCUAGUUCAAUUUUCACACGCGAGAUUGUAAAGUAAACAACUACUAGCCACCUCACCGUUCGAUAGAGUACGUGACAAAUCAUACCAUAAGGGAGGACUCUUCUCUCAUAACCUAAUCAUCGUUCAUCAUGCCAUACGCCCUCAUCGCAAACGUACCCGACCACAUGCGUUAUAGGAAAAAUUUACACACCUUUAGCUAAGCUCUGAUCGCGGGAAAACAGAAGUCUUCUACGAAUGAAAUGGGUCAGAUUAAACUUCAGGACGAAAUUGACUGAACUUACGCAGAAUACGACAGCGGAACUUAGUGCACUGGGAAAAGGCCAACAGAUUGCGAGGGAACCGAAGGGAUAAUGCACCGCCAUAAAAUGAUAGCAAGCAUGUGAGUGAUGUGGAAUGGAGAAGCAAACCCGUAUAGUUUAAGACAUAAGGCAUGUAAAAGCGCAAUGAGAGGAAGGCGAAAGAAAAAUUAAGUACUAUACAUUAAAACAAAAGUAUAUAGAUAUAUAUACAUAUACAUUUAAAAAUAUAUUUAAAUUGGAUGCAUUAAGGUGCGCACGAAGGGCGCGGUGCGUUGCAGGGAGUGAAGACGACGAUGGUCUAUAACUGGACCGUGUUUUGCAACCCUCGGAGAUAUCUCUGGGACAGCAAACACACACGUACAUGCGACUCUUUGAUUCUAAAUUUGACGAUUCAAAUGGGUGUGAAGACCCCAACCAGGAGAGGGCGAGAGAUGGAGCGGUAGGGCGAAAGUCGCCACGAAAGUAAGAGCAGCCGAAGAAGAACCGAACCGAUGAUAACCAAAUUGUACAUUUUUUAAUAAAAACAAAACCUUACUAAAAAUGAAA